CGACUGCUCUCACGCAUCUUCCACAACUCCAAUUCUGUUUUCAUAUCUUUCUCUUGAAGUUUUAAAGGAGCUGAAAAGACUCACUGCCAUUCUGUUACUAGUCUUCUGUCCGUAAAUCAACAGUGCACCCCUGCGCGUCGUUCGUCCCCAUCUCAACGCGUCGCAACAGCCGACAAGCCGCAGAGACAACAUGAGCGCCACAACACCACAGAGACCAAAUAUGGCUUCUCAACAUACUCCCUCCAAGACGCCCUCGCGACGCGUGCUUGGCGAUCUCACCUCCAAAGCCAUCAAUACACCCUCUACCCCAAAGGCCUACGAUCCAGCUGAAGUCGCUCGCGCCCAAAGCCCACUAAAGCAAGUCACGACGCACACUCCAACGAACCCUACCGGCAAGGAAAAUCUCAUGACUCCCCAGACGAAUUCAAAUAGCAAGAAGAGGGGCAUAGAAGAAGUUGAAGGUGUUGAAUCUAUCGAGAGCGUAAAGAUGCUCGCUCGUGCCUGCGACGAGAGUCUUUCCAGCACCGGCACGCGCCUAACCACCGACGCUGUCCAGAAACAUACGGAGAACAAUCCCAUCGGCCUCGCGGACCCAGGAUCACCCACCGAACGCGCCACACCAACACCAUCGCCCGAACCAGAGCCAAUGCAAGCUUCUCAGAAGAGCAACCAGUCAUUUUCUGACCUUCUCAACUAUGAUUUGUGCGCCAGCCAAAAGAGUGAACACGGAGAACGUGUAGCGAUGCCGGCCGCUGCCCCCGCGCCGGCAGUCGCAGAAGGAAAGAGGAGGUCGCGUGCCGAACAAUUGCGAACGCGCCUCAAGUUUGGCCUGUACAAGAUCAAGACGAACCAGGUCACUAAGCGCGACGCGGAUAUCAUCGGGCCUUACGAAGCCCGUGCCUCUUACUCGUCAGACGCGCUCAACGCGUCGAGAUCAACAGCCAUGACGUCUUCCGGCGAGUCUUUGGGCGCUUACCGCGUACCGAACAUUACUGUAUCAUCCCCGCGACGCGAUCAAGGACCUGUUUUUGUGCAAGCAAAUCUGGAUCCCUUCCAUCCUAUAAGUAAACUUGGUCCUGCACCAGUUCAGUUCGCAAUCCCACAAGGCAAUAUGCCAGCAUCAUCACGUAUGAUACCCGGAUACGUCCUUUCCUCCUCACCACCCGGGCCUCAGCUGCCCCAUUCUGUAGCUCCUGAUCAGCUCUCCUCACCCAUCCGAGCCAGGAGUUACUACGAGCCGCCAUCUGAGUCCAGGAUACGAAUAGGUGAACACGACGCGGAUCGCAUCAACCUGCGGGAAGAAGACCCGCAUUAUAGACUCCAAAGACUCAAGCAACAACAGUAUAGCUUGGCUCGCAGUGUCGGCGGUGUAAAGGGUGAUGCGGCGGAAGGCCUGCUACAGCUUAUGCAAGACUCGCGGUAGAUAUCUCAAGUACAAUCAACAACGCAUAUUCGCUCCCGUUGUUGUAUUAGCAACGAUUGAAAUUGCCAGACUACAACGUAUCCUCUCCUUGCGAAAUCUUGGUUUAUCCAAUUACCAUCUUGUUUUCCGUGCUAGCAAUACUGAUUGUGAGCCCGUGUAC